UAUAAGCCAGCUCCUGAGGACUUUUUAGUAAAUUAACUUUUCGUGUCCCCAAACUAAAUGACGAAAAUACCCCCAGAUAUCUCUCAAUCCUAAUUCGGUGUAUCAGUGUAUGCGUUUGCUGCUCCUCUUCUCACUUUUCUCUCUCCUCACCUUUCCAUCACCAAACAACACUGCAUUUCUAGGGUUAGACUUCUCCCGCAAAGAUGGUAUUCAAUCAACUCUAUCUUCGAUCGCCUCGACGGCGGCGUCUCCCUCAACAGCCGCGACGGAAAUGGGUUUUAGGGUUUCUAAGGAAAUUUUUUCAUUGAAGGAGAGAGAUUCAAAUUGAAACUUCCGUAAAAAAUAAUCGAAUUAGGGGUUUAGGAAAGGGGAUUCGAUUAUAAAUAAGAACGGAUUGAAGGUAGAUAAUGGAGGAGAUAGAAAUCGAUGGUGGGUGAUGGCUCCUUGGAGGCGGCGGCGAUGGCGGCUCACCUUCCAUUUCAUCCUUUCAGAAUCUUUCAACUUCUUGCAGAAUUUUUAAUCGCUGGAAUUCUGUUGCACCAACUGAAGUUGAUGAAUCACAUUUUAUCAUCAAACCCUCAAUUUCAAAUAAUCCAGUUAACCACAUUAACAAGGACAAGGCCAUUAGGGAGAUUAGAUCUUCUGCGGUUGAAAGACACAAAGGAGAGAACAGCAAAAAAUGGUCUUCAUAUUCUUCUCGGAGGUGUUUGUGCCUUGGCUGUUGUUGUCUUCUUUCGCUGUAGGAAGCUGAGUGAAUAAUGCAAUGUAAUGGCGAGUAUUCUGCUUAGACGAUGAGCCAGGAGUGCAUAGGGUGUGAAUACCUGAUUAGGAGGUGCCAGGCCUAAUAAUGUCUAGAGAUUUUGGGGAUUACUGCAUCAAGGAGUUUGGCCUUAUAUCAGUGCCUGAAGUGACACAGAAGAAUAUUACCACCAAAGACCAGUUCAUCGUGUUGGCAACUGACGGGGUGGAGCCAAUUCGUAAUCUGUUUGCUGCUCUUUUCCUUAUAUCAAGUUUCUUAUUACGGCUUAAAUUGACUUAUAUGCAAAUCUCUAUUAUCAACAGCACAAAUUCUUUAUUUUGGUACUUAGAUUUAGAUUAUUUGUCAUGUAAAGGCAUGAUUAUUGUUUUUCACUAUUUAGAGGUAUGAUUGUAAAAUAUAACCUUAUUUUUUUUUAAAUAUGAACUUUGUGAACA